AUGGAUGAUAACAUCAUAAUACCAGAGUUUUUUGAUGAAUAUGAGUUUGAUGAUCUCUUUGGUAUCUUAGAAACCUUAGAUAAUACUACCCAAGAUCAUAUUCCACAAGUAACACUACCAUUAGACGAAGCUGUUGUUAUCCACAGUCCUACUACUAACAACACAUCACCACCAUCAGCUGCUCUUGUUUCUCAAAAGUCCAUUUCAUCUUCAUCUUCAAGUUUCCAACUAGGCUUUGAGCCUGAAUUCGUCGACGUUCCCUUAGCUAGGACGAAGAAACGAAAAUUCUCUCCAGGGAGGAAAUCUGCUUCUCCUACGGCCGGUGAAGACAUCCUCCAAGAUGGACAGCCGAAAAUAUCACACAUAACAGUGGAACGUAACCGGCGGAAGCAAAUGAACGAGCAUUUAUCGGUUUUACGUUCAUUGAUGCCAUGCUUCUAUGUGAAAAGGGGUGAUCAAGCAUCGAUAAUAGGAGGAGUAGUGGAUUAUAUCAAGGAAAUGCAACAAGUUCUUCAGUCUCUCGAGGCAAAGAGACAAAGGAAAGUUUACAGUGAAGUUUUAAGUCCAAGAGUUGUUGUAUCAAGUCCAAGACCUAAUUCAUUACCACUGAGUCCAAGAAAACCACCAAUUAGCCCUAGAGUAAGCUUGCCUGCAAGUCCAAGAACCCCAACACAAACCAGCCCUUACAAGCCGAGGAUGCAAAAAAAAUUAACUCAUCUAUCAUCAUCCCCUACUUCCCAUGAACCAACUUCUUCAAUAUCAUCUUCAACUUUGGACAACAAUAUUCUUUAUGUCAAAGAGCAGCUCAUUCCAAACCUAAAAUGCUCACCUGCUAAAGUAGAGGUGAAAUUUGCAGGUCCUAAUGUCCUUUUGAAAACAAUAUCGGCUCGGAUUCCCGGUCAAGCUACAAAAAUAAUAUCAACACUUGAAGGUCUUUCGCUAGAAAUUCUUCAUGUCAACAUUAACUUGGUUGAUUCUUCUACCAUGCUUAAUUCAUUCACCAUUAAGAUUGGAAUUGAAUGUAAGCUUAGUGUUGAAGAACUUGCGCAUGAAGUUCAGCAAACAUUUUGUUAGCAGCAGCAGCAAUUCUAGCUUAAGCAACAACAGGGUUACAAAGAUAUAGAUCAUCCAGCUUCUCUUGAUCUCUAUCUAACAAUAAAAAGAGGCUAAUGUUUGUAUUCAAAUAACCCUUUUUGAUUAAUUAGUGUGAUAAAUAGAUGAUAAUGUAAUUAGUUUAAUUAUUAGUGGGUGGGAUAAUUUUGUAAUAAUUAACCCAUGACAGGCUUACUAUUUUUAUUUAAUUCCUAAGUGUAAGGUAAUUAGUUUAAUGUAAUUCAGUUAUCACUUUAAUUUUAAUAGUAUAAAUUACUAGUUCCGCUUUU